UGUGCAGAGACAUUGCAAUGGAACUUUAUUUCAGCACACAGUCUGAUGGAACCUCGAUAUGGCCAUCAAACGUUUGUCUUUACCAAUAAAACGGAACCUGCUAAAGUUUUCAUUUAUGGAGGUAAACAAGGAGAUGGUGUGAUACUAAAUGGAAUAAUACAAGUAAAUACGCAAACGCUUCAACUCAAAACAAUGGCAACUGAGCCUGCACUUAUUCCAGGCAGAGCAUUUGCAGCUGGAACCGGAACUGAAGGAGUAUAUAUCACAUUUGGAGGCAUCAAUCAGAGUUUUGUUCUUGUAAACGACUUGCACGUAUUGAACUCAAAACAAUUUCCAGCUCUCUUUUCUGAUGAAAAUGUUGUCAUAAAACAAAGUGCGGCCUAUAACAAUGUCAAGCUAUUUGAUGCAUUUCCAGGUGUUCCUCCGAUCCAAGGAAUGGCUUCAACAGUCGAUCCAAACGCGCAAAUUGUUUACCUUAUAGGAGGACAGACCAACAUUCGAGAACAAGGACAGCUGGCUAAAUAUUCCUCGUGUGUCUUUGGAUACAGUGUCUUGGAUAAGACAUUUUUCUUGGCGUCUUCAUCCCAAAAUUGCUAUGCUCAGCCUCCAGAGGCCCCAGAACCACGUGCCUUUGCCACAGCUUUCGAAUAUCAAGGAUAUAUAUACUAUUUUGGAGGUUCAGUCAUACGCCUAAACCAAUCAGUUCAACCGGAACCCAUCAUAAACUUUUACAACGAUCUAUGGCGGUUCAACGUUCAAACAGGUUUAUGGAAACAGCUAAAACUCUCUGGAGUUCAACCUCUUCCAAGAGACGGUCAUACUACUACUUUAAGAGGAUCAAAAGUUUAUCUCUUUGGAGGGAGAACAUGCGAAGACCCAAAACAAUCGAGUAACUGUUCUAUUAAAACGUUGACUUUUCUCAAUGAUCUGUGGAGCUUGGAUUUAGAAAACUGUACUCAUUCAGAACGCAUAUGCUCAUGGAAAAAGAACCAAGUGAAGAAUUCAUCUCUGGGUGCACCUGUUCCUAGAGCUUUUCAUCAAGCAGUAGCUUUGAAAGGUUCUUCUCCGGGAUUCGAAUGGGGUGAUAUAUGGAUAACGGCAGGCGUUUCUUCGGUCGAUGAUGGUGGGGUUCUGGGAGACAUUUGGAGCCUCGGGUUUUCACCAAAUCCCAACGCUCCUGCUCAAGUCAACGUCUUGAGUUCGGGAGGUAGUCAACAUGAAUAUAUCUACACUGCUUUCCGACUGAAUCAACUACUUCCCUUCAAUUUCACCAUUGAAAUGAAUCUCAUCUUUAAAUCAUUUCUGGCUCAGUUGUUGUCCAAUGCUGGAAUACUCACGCAAGAGAUAGAACUGGUUGUUAUCAAAGCAGCGGCAAUAGCUAGAGAAGAAGAAACAAAUGCUAUAUAUGCCGCACUAGUGGACCUUCGACAAACGGAUACUGCAAUAGAUGCCCUAAAACGUGCUCCUUUAGAAACUUUACAGCAAUUGUCAAAUGUUCGUAAAAUUACUCUAUUGAAAGUAGGUAGCGGUGAGCUUGAGACUUUUGAACAAACCUUAGAGACGGUACCAUACCAUCCAAGCAGUUUGUCAACUACCAUACUGGUGAUUAUUGUAGUAAUGUCUGUUUUUGGUUUCGCCUUGAUCACUGCUAUAGCUGCCAUUGUUUUUUGGAAAAUGUAUCCAAAAAAGAAAGCUGCCAAAGCCAAUCAUCCAACGAGUGAUAAUCAGUUGUCCAAUGAAGUCAAUACAAAUACACCAAGACUAGCUUAUAGUGUCGAUGGAAUUGAUGCAACAAGAAACAACGACAAUACUGAAACAGAUGAUGAGAUCUGGCCAACCUCAGAACACAGCUAACCCAUAAUGUCAUUUUCUUAAAAUAAAUCUAAAUCAAACAAC